AUGGAUAGAAGUUGGGUCUUGUCACUUCUUCUUCUUCUAUUGAUUUUGUUUGUCUCCGAUGCUUCUUCUUCGUUUGUCAAAUUUCGUGAGUUAGUUGAUGAAGAUGCACCAAAGGAUAAUUCAAAUUCAACCACUAAACAAAAUCCUUCGUUGCCUAUUCAUGCACCUAUUGGAGAUGUAAAAUCCAAUGUAAGCUCAUCAGAGCCUCCUUUGCCAACUAGUAAUUCCACGAAUGCUACUCCUAAGGAGCCUAGUUCGGUGAGUCCACCUCCGCCAUUGGAACCUGAAGCCGAGAAGAAUGUCACGACGGUGUUAAAUGCAACAGAGCCGAUAAGCCCGCCUCCAGCGAACCAAACGGAUAGCCAGGAUAAGGGAAAGUUACCAGCUAAAAUGGCGCUGCCUCCAAAAAGUUUGGAAAGUGGGAAAAAUGAGACGGGAAAUCCACCUCCGGGUAAAGAUUCUGAUAAGGUGAAUGACGCUAAGGGGAGCUCAGAGCCUGCUAGUGCAGAGACCUGUGUAGGAAAGUCUAAGAUAUGUAGAACCGGGAACUCAUUGGUCGCAUGUUCUUUAAGCAUCGAUAAAGCUUCUGGGACAUGGUUGAUUUUAGUUCAGAACGAAGGGGGAGAAUCUUUAAAAGUAAACGUUGUUCUUCUGGUUACCCCUUUACGAGAGCUGACACUGCCAAAACAGCAGAGUCAAAGGGUGAACAUAUCCAUUAGUAAAGACACAAACAAGAUCAUAUUAGACACUGGAAAGGGACUGUGCGCGCUUCACAUGUACCCAUUAGAAGAAAAUACAUUAUCCAUCCACUUUCCCUCAUAUGAAAAGCUAGUGACGCCCAUUAAUGGUGCCUAUUUCUUAAUAGUAUCCGUCGUUAUUUUUGGGGGAACUUGGGGAUUUUGUUUGUGCCGGAAGAAUCGUCGUGCGGGAAAUGGAGUUCCUUACCGUGAGCUAGAAUUAAGCGGAGGGCCGGGCUUACAAAAUGAGUCAAUGGUCCAUGACGUGGAGACAGCAGACUGGGACGAGGGUUGGGAUGAUGAUUGGGAUGAGAAUAAUGCUGUGAAAUCGCCCGGUGGUGCAGCAAACAGUGUCAGCAUCUCUGCCAACGGUUUAACAGCAAGGGCUCCGAGCCGAGAUGGCUGGGAUCAUGACUGGGACGACUAG